AUUGACACAUUCACCCUCCUGGACACCUGGCUCAGUCCGCACUCGUCCUCCCGCGUAGUCUGCGCUCCAUUUGGAAGCUUUUGUUUUACUUUUUUUUUUUAACUGAAUCUUUCUCGGGGGGGAACAGGGCGCCGCACUGGGAAGAUGAUGGCUGCGGACCCGCUGCGAUCUGCCAUGAGACACCGGGGAUUUGACGACACGUCGCUCGCGUUGCCCUCCGACGGCAAGCUGCACGCAGGAGCGCAGCGCGUGCUGGAUCAGGUGGACACCAUCAAGAGGAGCAAGUCCAAGCCGGGCAGCAAAAGCACCACGUCCCCAAUAAGCCCGACUCCCAACAACUGGACGUCACAUGAGUCCGGAGCAUUCAAGUUUUCUCCGUCCAAAGCGAACGGCACCUUCAGCCGCAACAACUCCAGUCUGUCAACAGGCCAGAGCAAAGCGGGACAUACUCAGAAGAGUCGCAUUGUGUCCGCUAGAACCUGGGGAGGAAGACACGCCACCAACUCCGGCAUAUGGGAUCAACAGGUCAACACCAACAACUGGACCCAUAGUGCCAACGGGAUGAAAUCUGCCCGUAGUGACCCCGUUUUGGCACCUUCAUUUUCUGCUGCACCCGUCAUGAGAGCCAAAGGCCAGGUGUACCAAAGCCAGAACAACUUCCAGACUCGACAAAACCGACACAGCUCCUAUUCUAGGACCAGCAGCGUUCCGAUUUCCAACAGCCAGAAUCCUAUCUUCCAGACGCCUUCGGCCCAGAUUCUCACCGACGGAAAGAUGGGCACCAUCAAACACUCCAAGAUAGCGCAGGAAUCCUCCAAGAUAAACAGUGUUGUGAACGUGUCAGACAUGACACUGGAUCGGGCUGUAGACUUCCUGUCCUCCCCCGAUGAGGACUACCAACAGUGUGGAGCCACCUUCAUCCAACACAAAAGCUUCAAAGAGGACGGCACCAAACAGGAGGUUUUUCAUUUGGGAGGCAUCCCUGGUCUUGUGGCCCUGAUGCGGAGCCCCAACCCUGGAGUGAGCCAGGCCGCUGCUGGAGCUCUGAGGAACCUGGUGUUCAAAAACCAGGACAACAAGCUGGAGGUUCAGCACUGCGGCGGCAUAGCUAAGGCCCUGCAGCUGCUAAAGGAGACGGAUUCUACCGAGACCCAGAAACAAAUUACUGGCCUGCUGUGGAACCUGUCCUCUGCCGACGAGCUGAAGGGAGAGCUCAUAACUACGGCUCUGCCUGCGCUGACUGAGAACGUGGUGGUGCCGUUCACCUGCUGGUCAGACAGCUGUGCCAACAACAACAUACACCCCGAUGUCUUCCACAGCGCCACAGGGUGCCUGCGGAACCUGAGCUGCUCCCAAAAGAAAGCGCGGGAGGCGAUGAGACAGUGCCGUGGCCUCAUCGACUCCCUCAUGAACUACGUCCAGUCCUGUGUGGCGGAGGAAAACCCUGAUGACACGUCUGUGGAGAACUGUGCAUGCAUCCUCCAUAACUUGACCUACCAACUGGAGGAAGAGUCCCCUGGCUGCUUCAAGAAGUUCCAACCUCCACCAGAGGGCCAAGAUGGGGGCAGGAAAAGCCCCACAAUCGGAUGCUUCAGCCCCAAGAGCAGCAAGGCUCAGAAAGAGCGGACGUUUGACGGCGUUCUGGCAAUGCCGGAGGACAGCUCCCCGUCAGGGGUGGGGGGGUUGUGCCACCCCAAAGCCAUGCAGACCUACUUGUCUUUACUGGGCACGUCCCAGAAAGAUGCCACCCUGGAAGCGUGCUGCGGCGCCCUGCAGAACCUCACUGCCAACAAGGGAAUGGGGUCCAGUGCCAUGAGUCAGAUUCUGGUUCAAAAGCUGGGGGCUCUGGUGCAGAUACCCCGUCUUCUAACGUCCCCCAACCGCAACCUGCAAAAGACGGCCGUGUCCCUGCUGGCCAACAUGUCUCGGACCAGCAGUCUGCAGCCCUCCAUGGCAAAGCAGAUCCUGCCUGAGCUCACCGGCCUCCUCUCCUCUGGCCCGCGAGAAAUGGGAAACUCGGACGAAACUAUGGCGACCGCUUGCAACACAGUCAGGGGUCUAAUGCUGGCGGACACGGAGGUCAGCAAGAAGGUCAUCAAUAAUAAUCUGGUGACGUCCCUCGCUGACCUCAGUGAGAACGGGUCUUUUCCAAAAGCGAGCAAAGCAGCUUCCCAGCUGCUCUACAGCUUAUGGAACGAGAAGAGUUUUCAAGGCGUUGUGAAAAAGCUGGGGAUGGCUAAAUCACUUUUUGUUAAUGACGUCACUACAGCCGUGCAGAAGUCGAUGCAAGUUUACGAGUGAGCGCGCUGAACGUGGAACAGAGCCGCGCAGUCUAAGAGGUUUUUUCAUGUGUGUUCUUUCAGACGGAAAUCAGCAUGUUAAGACGCUUCUGCGGCCACACCCAAGGGUAGAAUUAUGUUAUUCACAUAAUGACAUUGUUGAAAGAGCAUUUGCAUUGAGGGUGAAUCAUACGUGAUACAUACUUUCGAGAGUAUGCACCACAUAUGUAAAACAUUCAUAAGACAGCUUUGGCUUUCAUGAAUAAUCUGCGCUUUAUGUAUUUAAUUUAGAUAUGUUUCUGCCCAUGUAUAUAAAGAGGUGAAUGUGUUUCUGUCAGGCAAAGUGUGCAUGUGCAGAAAUUCAGUUCUUCUGGCCAGUGAGCUGCAGCAGUUAUUUUGAAAUUCAUGAAUAGCAAUGUUUUCAAAUGUGCAGUGGCUAAAAUAUGAAAUAUCUAUUGUGGCCUUGAAGUCUGAGCAGCCAAGAAAUAAGGAAAAUAUAUGAAAAACAAAAGAGAUUGUCUGUAUUACCGUUUUAUUGGAUGAAACCUUCUACAUCCACUUGGAUUUUUUUGUUUUUCUUUCUUGUCCUGUUAUUUGUUUCAUUCUUUGAUUUUUAGUUUAUUAUUCUAUAAACCCCUUUCUAAAAAAAACUGCAAAAAUAGAUAAAUGAAUUGUUCCGCAUUUGGGGAAACCUGUUUAUUUUUUAACUCUGAGUUGAUGAGAAGAUGGCGCUGUUACAUCUGUUCAUUGUAGGUGAAGGUGCAACCAGCAGCCAGUUAGUUUAACUAAGCACAAAUCCAGGGAGACGGGGAGCGGUGCCCUGUCCAAAGGUAACACGAUACAUCUACCUGAUAUAUUUCAAAAACAUCAAACAGGUUUUAUGUGCCCUGCAAAGCCCUGUAUGUCAUUCUUACACACGCUAUUUGUUGUGUGUCUUUAUAAAAACUAAUGUAGUGUUUUGAGAAUUUUGGGCUGUUUUUUUCCAGCUGCUUGUUCUUUGCUGUUACCUUUUGGUAAACUUGCCUAUUGAAAUGUACAAACUGCAUGGUAAUUUGUUUCUGUUUGUUUUCUUGUUGUUCUCUUGCGUAAACUGAGAAAUUGGAGAAAGCGAAGUAAUGGACUAAUGUGCACAACAUGUAACAC